CGGUCGGUCUGUUUGCCCGAGCGAUCGACAAGAAUUAUGUCGAAAAUAAUAGCGUUAACAGCGAUAGUCAUAAAGAGCCCGAAAAUUCAAGCGAAACCAAUCCUAACAACACCUCCAAUGAAAACACUGAAAAUUGCGACAAAAGCGAAGAUAAGACUAAAGACGACUCUUCAGCUUCGGGCUCGACCUCCACUUUGAAGGACCACAACAUCCAAAACACACUCAAAGGACUGUCUGAGUUCGUGUCUUCACAUCAUCCCUCACAUCACACGACCGGAUGUCGAGUUGAGACAAUUCCAGAAGCUGUGAAUCCAUCGGAAAGUGCAAACAAUUUGACGAAUCAGUUGUCGGCCGAAUGGAACCAAAAUGAAAUGAAAUUGUUUUCGCGAGCGCUUGAGGUUUGCGGCAAGAAUUUCGGUGCAAUAAAGAAGGACUUCCUUCCCUGGAAAUCAGUGAAGAGUA